UUGGACGCCGAGGCCUAAGUCCCCACCUCUGCGAAGCUACACCGCGAGUCCCCAACCAGAUCCCCCCGCAACCGCGUCGGCGAUGGCAUCCGCGGCGGCGACCGGCGACGGCGAGAAGCCCUACGCGCACCUCGGCCAGCCCCUCCUCGCGCAUCCGCAUCCCCCGCAGCAGCCCUACUACGCCUACCCGGCCGCCGCUUACGCGCAGCCCGCGGCCCCGCCUCCGCCUCCGCCGCCGGCCCCGACGCUCGUCUUCGUGCCGGCCCCCUGCUCCCCGGUGCUCGUCCGCCUCCGCCGCCUGCGCCCGCGCCGCGCGCCCUGCCUCCGCCGCUUCGCCCGGGCCCUCCCGCUCCUCCUCGCCCUCGCGCUCCUCGCUGGCGGCGCCUUUCUCCUCUACCCCUCGCCCCCCGCCGCCCGCGUCGGCGAUAUCCGGGUCGACCGCUUCCGCGUGGACCCGCCCGUCCUCGACCUCGGCCUCGCGCUGCGGCUCCGCGUCCUCAACCCCGGCUUCCUCCUCCCGCUGCGCUACCGAGCGGUCUCCGCCGCCGUCUCCUACCGCGGCCACCUGCUCGGGUCCGCUAAGGCGUGGCCGGGGUCCGGCGAGCUCGCGGCCAGGGAUGAGGUGUAUGCGGACGCCGAGGUGUGGGUGGACGCCGGGAGGGUGCUGGAUGACGUGGUCGACCUCAUCGGGGACCUGGCCACUGGCUCCGUGCCGCUGGAGAUCGUCACGGAGGUGGUCGGCUCGAUCAGGUUGUUCCGUUUCCACAUCCCUGUGAAGGGGCUCAUAUCGUGCUCGGUGAAUAUCAGCCCAGAGACUCAGGGUAUCAUAAGCCAGGAUUGCUAUUAAGUGAGAGUGAUUUGAGAUCUUCAUGGAACAUAAUUGCAUAAUUACUAUGGAAGAUACUAUCAAGUUGCAGAGCCUGCUUGAUGGAACUGGAGUGCCUAUCUGUAUAUAAUUUGGAUAUUGUCCUGUAUUGGCUGGGAUAAGAAGCCAAGAGUAACAUGCUGUCUUGCAUGCUUGUCAGAACUGCUUAUGUCUGUAUCUGUAAUUUACUAAAUACUAAAGCAUCUAGAUGUACCAUAGCAUAGAAAUUAAUCAUGGUGUAUGAUUUGACCUGAACAUGUAUAUUGAGUGGUAACUUAUGGUUUGUGAUAUUUGAAUUGAACCAUGGUAAAUGAAACGUCAUCUGUGUCGAUAUGUUUGACAUUAA